AUGAGUUAACAUAGACUUCGAGAGAUGAGAGAGAACUUCCAUUCAGAGAUGAGAAAGAAAAGUUUAGAAUAGACAUUUAAAUUGAAGAGAUUGGUUACUACCUCAGUAAAACAUUAUCCAAUUGAAUAAUUAAUUGACAUAGUGGACAAAUUGAAGAGGUAUGAGGAAUUGAACGACGAAGAACAUUAAAUAAUGAUAUCAAUUUUAGAUGAUAUUCAAUAGACUGCAAUAAAUGAUCCAGCUCUAUUUUGUGAAUGGGCAGAACACCUAAGAAUAAUAAAGACUUUGGUUGACUCCAUGUGUUUAGGAUCCAAUCCCAAAUAUUCUAUCAUGGCAACAAAAGCAGCAAAUUGUUUCAGAUAAUUGGUUAAAUAAAAAAAGCCAAGAUUCUAUGUAAAUGAACAUUUCGAUAAAGUUUGUGGGAUUUACAAAUCUUGGAUGGACUCUGAUUCAAGUUUGCUGAAAGAGAAUGGAAUGAGAGGAUUGAAUUAAUUAGUAGAAUUGCAUUCGCCGAAAUUCUCGAAAUACGAUAUAGUUGAAACUGUGUUAAAAUCUCUUCAAGUUAAUAGAAAUAAUGAUUAGGCACUUAGAAUAUUGGCAACAAUCACAAACAGCAUAGACGAUGAUAACUAAGUGAUCGCUAUUUUGAGAAUAGCCUCAAAACUAAUAGAAAAUGCUGACAUCAACUUAAAGGAAAAGGGAUUAAUGAUUGUAGAGAAUGCCAGUAAAAACAUCUAGAAUAUAUAAUUUGUGUUAACAAUGAGGAUUAUGCAGUCUAUUAUGAAUCUGAUUUAUCACAAGGAUAGAAAUAUCUAAAAGUUAUCUCUAUCUAUUUUGCUGAAUUUGUCAUUCACAUCGGAAUUGGAUGAAUGCGCAAAGUUGUAGGAUUUAGGAAUAGUGGAAACCCUUUAUAAAUUAUUGAAGAAUACCUAAUAUUCACAUUAUCGGAUGUAUGGAAGUAUGAUAUUUAAUAAUUUGAUGGCUUCUUGUCAAUUAAAUUUGGAUUCAAUAAUCUCAAAUAAAUAGGUGAUGGUUGCCGUCUUUGACCUUAUGGAAAAGGAUGUUGUAGAUGUCAGAAGGGAACUCUAUUAGGCAUUCAAAAACUUCUUAGUUAUUAGUUCGAAGAAAUAGUUAUUAAUGGUGAUGGAUUCUGGGUUGCUGGAUUAUGAAGUCUUAGGUUUGGAUGCUAGUGACAAUAAGAUAGUGGUGUUGUCUUUGGAAACGUUGACCAUUAUAAUGAAAUAAUUUCAACAAACUGAAUAUGAAUGCAUUAUUUUACAAUACUUAGAAAACACGAGGGCAAAGAGGAAAAUCGAGGUUCUGAGUUAGGAUUCCAAAGGAGAAAGGGUUGGCUACUUAGCUUAUGAAUUCCUUAUAGAGUUUUAUGAUUCUGAAUAAUGAUUAAAUUAAAUCUUUAAUUAGUUAAA